AUGCCUGGAAAUGCAGGACUUUUAGAUAUAAAACUGGCUCUAGAGUGGAUACGAGAUAAUAUAGCUUCGUUUGGAGGUGAUUGUGAAAAUGUGACCCUUUUUGGCCAAUCCGCUGGAGCGGCGGCCAUUUCGGCACUGAUGUACAGUCCACUAAUUGCGGAUAAUUUGUUUCAUAAGGUGAUUCUUCAGUCUGGUGCCUCAAGCUCUCCUUGGGUGUGGGACAAAGAUCCGAUUGGGAAUGCAUUAAAAGUUGCCGCCUUUGCCGGUUGCAGCAACCGCUCAGAACUGAGUGUAGAGUACCAGCAAGAGAUUGAACAGUGCCUUCGGAAGAUGGAUGUUUGGCAUCUGAUCCGUACUUUUAUUGAGCACAAAAUGCAAACCGCUCGAGUUGAUGGUCUGUCAAGUGUCGGCGGAAAUCGAUUCAUUGUGGAUGAUUUCCAUGGAUUAUUACCGGAAAGUCCCUGGGAACAGAUUCGGAAAUCAAAUAUUCGACGAAAUCUUCCAAUGAUGGCCGGUGUUGUGAAACAUGAAGGAACCUUUCUACUAACAACAAUAUAUGAUGGCUUGAAAAGCAUGAAACUGUUGCACAACUCAAACGUGAUUAAGUAUGGAUUGUUGGAUAAAAUUAAUCAUAUUUUAGGAAUCGAUGAUCCAACGGGCACCUUGGUCGGAUAUCAAAUUAGAUCGUUGUUCAGCUUGACACAGUUGUCAAAUGGAACAUUCGAAGAUCUGGUGGAUGGAUUAAUUGAUCUUAUCGGAACUGCUCUCAUUAAGGCACCACUUCUUCGGGAUGUUCAAGCAAACGCACUCAUAAAUGCCGACAAAACUUUUUUAUAUUCGUUUGACUAUCGCGGAAAACAGACUCGCUUCGGAUACGGAGCCGAUACAACCCACUAUCCUUUCGAUGGGGGAGUUCACCAUUCCGAUGAUCUGCUGUAUUUGUUUCCCUUUCCUCCUGGAGAACCAAGCUUAAGUGGAAAGGAUAGCGAAAUGGCUCAACUAAUGGUUGACUUGUGGACAAGUUUUGCCACUACGGGUGUUCCAGCAAGUGACGCUAGCAGUAUCAACUGGAAGCCAAUGAGUGAUUACGCCGGUCCGUACCUGCACAUCGACGAACAUCCUUGGCUUGGUGCGAACUUUUACGAAGAAUUCUCAAUCGCCAGUGACGAGAACCGCAAACCGCCCGCAGUAUGAACGCAAUCCGCCGGCCUACAACCAGUUUUUUUCCCAGGAAAUCCUAAUGAUCCAAAAGCCUAAUUAGCGUGCAAACAAAAUAACACGUUUCUUGAUAUUUUUUAUGAAUAAAAUGUACGCACUG